UACAUUCAGGAAGUGGUUCUCGGCAAUGUGAGAGAAAUGCUUCCAGACAUUUGCAAAGUGAUGUAACAUCCAUGGCGGGACAACUGAAGCGUCUAAAGGACGCAGUGAAAAUCAUAGGGUCCGGCAGCGUCCUAUUUGUCUCCUACCUCACUGCUGUGGGAGAUGAGCGCUUCUACACCAACCAGCUCAUGCCCUUGCUGCAGAGGAUUGUGGGAGCAGAGACAGCCCAUGUCAUGGCUGUGAGGUUAAUCGGCCUGGGUCUGGUGCCUCUGAACCGCUACCAGGACCCAGCAUCACUGGAAGUGAACGUCAUGGGCCGUAAGUUCAAGAACCCCAUAGGGAUAGCAGCAGGAUUUGACAAGCAUGGGGAGGCUGUUGACGGGCUGUAUAGACUAGGCUUUGGCUUCGUGGAGGUGGGGACCAUCACCCCCAAACCCCAGGAGGGGAACCCCAAACCACGUGUGUUCAGACUGACCACUGACCAGGCGGUCAUCAACCGAUAUGGGUUCAACAGCUGUGGUCUUGCAGCAGCACGGGAGAGACUAAAGGCAAGAGAAGGCACCCAGGUAGAGCUGACUAAAGCUGGCCUGCCCCUGGGCAUCAACCUGGGAAAGAACAAGCUGUCGCAGGAUGCAGCAGCAGACUACCUGGAGGGGGUGCGGACGCUGGGCCCUCUGGCUGAUUACCUGGUGGUGAACGUGAGCAGCCCCAACACCCCAGGCCUCAGGGACCUGCAGGGGAAAGGGGAACUGCGACAACUGCUGUACAAGGUGCUGAAGGAGCGUGAUGCCCUACAGGGGGGGAGCAGGCCACCUGUACUGGUAAAGAUUGCCCCUGACCUCACCGCCCAGGAUAAGCAGGACAUUGCUGAUGUGGUCACAGAGCUUGGUGUGGAUGGGCUGUUGGUCUCCAACACGACAGUAUCCAGGCCUGAGACCCUACAGGACCCCCAGAGUAAAGAGGUGGGAGGGUUGAGCGGCCAGCCCAUCAAGGAUCUCUCUACACGCACUGUGAGAGAGAUGUACAGCUUGACAAAAGGUAAGGUGCCAAUUAUUGGAGUUGGGGGUGUAGCCAGUGGACAAGAUGCCAUGGACAAGAUCUGUGCUGGAGCCUCAUUGGUCCAGUUGUACACCUCUUUAACCUAUCAGGGUCCGCCAGUUGUCACCAAAAUCAAAAGGGAACUAGAACAGCUUUUAAAAGAACAAGGAUUUGCGAACAUAUCGGAUGCUGUUGGAGCUGACCAUAGACGAGCUGAGGGGAAAUUUCAACAACAGUCUAGAGAGGGACAAUGAUCAAGGCUCUGAGUGUCAAUAUCAGUCGGUUAGACUGACUACAGUACAGACUGAUGCCUUUGUCAGUUUCCUGCCUUUACUUGAAGUCUAUAAUACAUGAAGUGGUUUGCCUGGUCAAUUCAUGUAACGCCUGGCUAGAAUGAUACCUGUGCACACAAAUAUUACAGCAGUAACAGCAGUAUUGUGCUAAAUGACACCAAAGUGCUAACGGUAUUUUGACACUAGAAGUCACAUUGUCAUGUGUAAUGUAUGUGAAAAGAAAAUCUGUUUUUCUGUUGAAAUUAUGUAAAUAUAAUGUGUGUUCUAUUCAGAAAUACUGUGUGCUGCUAUUUAUAGAACUAUGUGACUAUAGAAAUUGAACAUUAUUUCACAAAUAACUUCCAUUCAAAGUGCUUAACUGCACGUCUCUUGUAAAUCGCUGAACUGCUACCCACAUAAUGGAGACCUCGUCUGAAAUUAGAGCUGAUCACCUAGCAAUGAGAGGAAUGACAAUUACCUGACAAUUACCAUUUAGCCUUGCAGCAGUAGUCAGUUAAACACUGAGGAAAUAUAACAACUUUGACAUUUAAAGAAAGGGCAAUGGCACAAUUCCUUGCCUAAUGUCAGCAGGCUUUAAAUACACAUGAUCCCACUGUAAGAUGGUAAAAACUGCCUUAACUCUCAGCGGUAUAACGGAUGAGAAGUGUACCAGAAUAAGAGGUGAGUGACAAAGAGAGCCAAGUCCAAGAGGAUGCACUGAUGGUUCUCUGUCCUAUUUCUGACCUGUUACAUAGAUUGCAUUGUAAUGCCUCCUGUUACGAGUCUAAUGUCAAGGGGUUACUUAAUGUAUGUUAAGUCAUGUACAUUAAACUAUAUAGUUGAGCUAUUUGAGAAACAUUAACCUUCGAGCACGCGCCUCAGGCAAGAAUAAAUGUCAAUUUUUAAAUUCUUA